CUACAACUAUCAGAAACAGCUAUACUGUUCAAGGAAGACUGCUAAGUGCUAUUCUCGAGAAUCUCAUCAUUUGUAUGCAGUUGCUAUCACUCGCCUCCAUCUCCUUGUACUGAUAUUACCUCCUACUAUCUCAUUACUUCAGCAUGAAGAAGAAUAACACUUGGAAGCUUGAUCUUCUUGAAGUCAAAUUCAAGCAGUACUCCCCCAGAUACCCUCACACGAAGAAGCUUCUCAAUGCCAGAAACAACGACAAGCUCUUGAAGAAGUUGCCUACUUCGCCCGAGGAGGCAGAACAAGAGAUCUUAGCAUUGAAACUGGAGUUGUUCGAACGCAAAUAUUAUGGCUCGUACAAAAAAGUGGAAAAAGAAGUAGCCAAGAUCACCAAGGCUGACUUGGGAAAGUUGGACAAGAACGGACCGAAGAAGAGCAUCGUAGACUUCAUAACAUCAAAAGAGAACCUCGACCACUUGAUAACCUCCAAAUUAAUCAAAACCAUCACCAACACCAUUUUGCAUUCUAAAGAUUUGAAGCUUGAUCCUCCUGCCUUCAUUUCCAAUGAGAUCAGGGACAAGAUCUUGAACAAAAAUGACAUUUCCAACCCUUCCACUUUCUUCAUAACUCACUGUCAAAAUAACAAAGAGCUCAAUAACUACUUCUCCAACUUGUGGAACACCAAGGCAGUGAAAAGUGUCCUACAAGAGGUGGAAUGGUCCUUCAAAUUGGUGAGAGGAAACUUAACAAUCCAGGAGAAGGAUACCAGAAAGAAGAUUACAGGUAAGGACGUCGAGGCUGACAGUGAUGGUGAAGUAAAUGACGACAGCUCUAGCGAUAGUGACAAUGAAGGAGACAGCGAAGACGAAGGAACUGACUCUGACAUAGAAAUGAAUCCAGAAGAUUUGGAUAAGUUUGCCAUUUAUGAAAACUCCGAUGGUGCUUCCGAAGAAGAACAAUUUGAAAUUGAUCCAAAUGUCAACUACAACGAAAUCACUGACGAAGAACCAUCUGCAGAUGAAGUAUCCGAUGUUGAAUCUGAGGAUAGUUUCUUCGAGGAAGAUCAAGAGAAGAAGGAGAAGAAAGAGCACAAUCUUCCUCAAUUAGCCUCAGGCUACUUUUCUGGAGGCUCUGAUGAUGAAGACGACUUCGAUCCUGACGCAGACAAAGUGGUGAAGGAAGCAACCACCCAACGUAAGAACAGAAGAGGUCAAAGGGCAAGACAAAAGAUCUGGGCCCUCAAGUAUGGUAAGGAGGCCAAGCAUGUCAAGUCCGAACAGGCUGCCCUUGCUAGUGAGAGAGAAAUCAGACAAAAGGAGUACGAAGAGAGGUGUCGUAAGAGAGAAUUGAAGGCCAAAUUGGCCAUGGAAGCUGCUCCUAGUGGGUCCAAUAUCCUUCCAUUGGGUGAAAGAAAGGUCAGACCAGAUACAGGCAGCUCCGACGUCAAGGUUACUGCAGUGGUUCCAGAGCCCAAGAUACAUCCUUCUUGGGAAGCCAAGAGAUUGGCUGAAGAGAAGCUCAAGAAUGUCAAGUUCGAGGGUAAAAAGAUCAAGUUCGACUAA